AUGAACCUUUUUGAUGUGGCUGAUUACUAUAUAAACAAAAUUGUGACUUCCCGAUCGAAAUUGAGCGUAGCUAAUGUCAACGAACACCAAAGGAUUAAGGUUUUACUGUUGGAUAAGAACACUACCCCUACAAUAUCUUUAUGUGCCACUCAAAGCGACUUAUUGAAGCAUGAAAUAUACCUGGUAGAAAAAAUAGAAAAUGAGCAACGCGAAGUGUCCAGGCAUUUAAGGUGCCUAGUUUACGUUAAGCCCACAGAAGAGACGCUGCAAUACCUCCUACGCGAGCUAAGAAAUCCUCGGUAUGGCGAAUACCAAAUAUUCUUUAGUAACAUUGUUUCUAAAUCGCAAUUAGAAAGGCUAGCCGAAUCUGACGACCUGGAGGCUGUUACUAAAGUGGAAGAAAUAUUCCAAGACUUUUUUAUAUUAAACCAAGACUUAUUUUCGUUGGAUUUGCAACCGAGAGAAUUUUUAAGUAAUAAAUUAGUUUGGAGCGAAACCGGGCUAACGAAAUGCACCAAUAGCUUAGUGUCUGUGCUUUUAUCCUUAAAGAUAAAACCAGAAAUUAGGUUUGAAGGAGCAAGUAAAAUUUGUGAAAAACUGGCCAAAGAAGUUUCCUAUGAGAUUGGUAAAAAUGAAAGAACUUUUUUCGAUUUCCCUGUGAUGGAUUCAAUGCCUGUAUUGCUGAUUUUAGAUCGUAAGACUGAUCCUAUAACUCCUUUACUUCAACCUUGGACCUAUCAAUCAAUGAUCAAUGAGUAUAUAGGCAUUAAGCGGAAUAUAGUUGAUUUAUCGAAUGUGCCUAAAAUUGAUAAAGACCUAGAAAAGGUCACUCUAUCAUCGAAGCAAGACGCUUUUUUCAGGGACACCAUGUAUUUGAAUUUUGGAGAACUGGGUGACAAAGUAAAACAAUAUGUGACCACAUACAAAGACAAAACACAAACUAACAGCCAAAUAAAUUCCAUUGAGGAUAUCAAAAACUUUAUUGAGAAGUAUCCCGAGUUUAGAAAACUAUCCGGAAAUGUGGCUAAACAUAUGGCUAUAGUUGGAGAAUUAGAUAGGCAGUUGAAGAUAAAAAAUAUAUGGGAAGUUAGUGAAAUAGAACAAAACCUAUCUGCACACGAUGCUAAUGAAGAGGAUUUCUCCGAUUUGAUCAAACUAAUACAAAAUGAAACUGUUGAUAACUAUUACAAAUUAAAGCUUGCAUGUAUUUAUUCUUUGAACAAUCAAACCAGCUCAGAUAAGAUCCGUCAACUAAUUGACGUUCUAACCCAACAACUUUCUCCAGAAGACGUGAACUUUCUCCAUAAAUUUAAAUCGCUUUUCAACCGCCAAGAUAAAAGGACUCAAAGCAAAAAUGAUAAAGACGACAUACUGACUGAACUGGCAAGAAGAUUUAAUAGUAGAAUGAAUUCUAAGAGCAACACUGCUGAAAACGUCUAUAUGCAACACAUUCCGGAAAUUUCGUCAUUGCUAACAGAGCUCUCCAAAAACGCGUUAUCCAAAGAUCGUUUCAAAGAAAUAGAUACUCAAAGUCAUGGGGUGACCAGAACUCAACAGAGCAAAGACAUACCUCAGGAUGUUAUAUUGUUUGUUAUUGGCGGUGUAACUUAUGAGGAAGCAAGGUUAGUUCAUGAGUUUAAUGGAACGAUGAAUAACAGGAUGAGGGUGGUCUUAGGAGGUACCUCUAUACUUUCAACCAAAGAAUAUAUGGAUUCCAUCAGAGCCGCAAAAUAA